CGCAUCUCCUUCUACAUGACCAACUACGGCGAGGAGGGCACGCACGUGGGCAGCGCGGCGGCGCUGGCCGACAACGACCUGGUGUUCGGGCAGUACCGCGAGGCCGGCGUGCUCAUGUACCGCGGCUACCCGCUGGAGCUCUUCAUGGCGCAGUGCUACGGCAACGCCAGCGACCCCGGCAAAGGGCGCCAGAUGCCCGUGCACUACGGCUGCCGCGAGCGCCACUUCGUCACCAUCUCCUCGCCGCUGGCCACGCAGAUCCCGCAAGGUGCCGCGGCAGGCGGCCGGGGCGGCGCGGGCUCCCCGC